GAGGAAACUCUGGUUACACUCUGGGGCACCUGUUCAUGAACGAUUAGUACAAUUUAUAACACAGCGAAAUCAUUCAGUUGACUCCAAAUUCAGGAAGAACAGAAAUUACGAGUGAUGCUUCCUGUGAAUUGAUCCAGUUCUAUAAACAUGGCAGAGGAAAUGUUACAAAUGUUCUCUUUACAUUCUAUUACAAUAUGUCGCAAAGUUUUCAACCCUGUCAACAUACCUAAGGAUUUGUAAUGGUGUUUGAAAGCAGGACAAACAUUAGUCCAGGGCUAAAUUGACAGAUUUGUUAAGGUUUUAGUUAAAGAGUUUCUCAUAGUCAUGUAAUCCUGGUUUUUUUUAACAAAGGUAAAGAAAAAGCAUACCAUUAUAACUUUCAGUCAUUUCAAAAAACAUUUUAAAAAAAAAAAGCCAUAAAAUUACUAUGGAGUCAGGAUUUGAAAAAGAUCUGGUGGAUGCGUUGAAGUCUGUAGUGAAUGGAAGUAACUGGCAAUGUCUUGGAGAAGUCGAUCAACUAAAGACGUUGAAAUGUAGACGUGUCUAUACAGAGGAGGGAGAUGAUCUCGUUCUGAUCAAUGUUCUGGAUGGUAAACAGUUCUUUGUGCUGGACGCCUCUUGUCCCCAUGAAGGCGGUCCCCUUGAUGAGGGAGAUAUUGAAGAUAUAGAUGGCCGUUGGGUUGUGCUCUGUCCGUGGCAUUCAUAUGAUUAUGACCUCAAGACUGGCCAGUCCUCGUCUGGUCUGGUGCAAGACACAUACCCUGUGGAGGUGGUGGAAGGGAAAGUAUAUAUUUAUACAGACAAGAGUCUCUCACUACAACCUAGAAACACCUCACAGGUAACUACAGAUCCUGCUGUUAUCAGUAGUACAGAAGUUAAGGAGAAUGACAACAGUCUGACUUACUGGGCUGUCAAAGUUCUACAGACCGCCGAUCCAGAGGACAAGGCAAGACUGACUUUGAAGAUAGGAGAGCUCUGGAGAUCAGGGGAGGUCACUGUGAUAGGUAAUCAUUCCCCGCCAGACCAGCCGUCUCGCGAUCCUCAACUCAAUGUAGUAGCUCCCGGAAAAGAGAAGAAACGUGGAAAAGGGGGUACUCAGAGUAGUCGCAUAUCAAACCUGCACUCCCUCGCCAACAUAGAGCAGUGGGCCAUCGACCUGGCCUGGGAUAUUGUGGCUCGCUUCACCCGUCUGUCCUGUGGUGGUCACUCAGAGACUGACCAUACCUUAGACGCUUCAGGUCAACAACUACCUAAAGAAUUUUUGGAUGAUUUCAUUCAAGUUGCCUGUGAUGAAGCAAAGCAUUUCCUGUUACUGUCAAACAGACUGAAGGACCUAGACAGCCAUUUCGGUGCCUUAACUGUACAUAAUGGACUCUGGGAGUCGGCGAGAGAAACUGAGGACUGUCUGCUAGCUAGACUUGCCGUAGUACACAUGGUACAUGAAGCUCGAGGAUUGGAUGUUCAGCCUAAAACUUUAGCCAAGUUUGCCUCCCAGAAAGAUGAGAAAUCAGUAGAUGUUUUGAAGGUGAUUUACACAGAUGAAAUAACACACGUGGCAGCAGGCCUCCGAUGGUUUACCUACGUCUGUCAACACCACAAUCCACCAUUGGACUGUAUUCCAACAUUUCACGACAUGGUGAAAAAACAUUUUCGAGGAUAUUUGAAGCCACCAUUUAACACGGAGGGGCGUGGCACAGCGGGUAUGGGACCAGAGUGGUAUUUGCCUCUAAUUAAGCCACAGAGUUGACCCCUGGGAGAGAGGAUGCAAUAAACCAAUCACCAGUGUAGUCAAGAUUUUCACAGGAGUUACUGUUAGAUUUCAAUUUAUAAAAAAAACAUCAAAUUAAUCAUUAAAUUGGCCAUUAAAAGGUGGAAAGGAAAAUUAUGACUGUAAUACAGUAAAACCUCGAUAUAGUGCCCUUUGUUUCAUUUGCCAUCUUGUAUACUGUCAACAUAUUUCAAUUCCUUUUUCUAGUUUUCUGAAGAAUGCCAUUGUAUAUUUGCCUCCAUUUAUUGCCCAACCCCUUUUUUAUAUCGUCAAUAUUUCUCUUGACAAAUGGUGGCAAUAUAACUAGGUUUUACUGUAAUAAUGGCUAUAGAAUAGGCUCUUUAAUGGUAGUAUAUUUGCCAUUAAUAUGUGAUUUUGUGAUUUACUGGAAAUCAAUGGUAAAUAAAUUUGCUAUAUCUGAUAUAAUAAGCAUUUGCUUUCAUGGUUAUUUUUAUUUUCAACCCAUUCACCCCUAAAGUCACAUUUGAACCUUACUAAAUCAAAGCCUGGGCAAGUCCAGUUUAAAUAUGUAGGGGUGAAUGAGUUAAUGUCAUUGCUAUGAUAGUAAUAAUAAAUUGUCAUAAAGAAUGUCAAAAACAUUUGUUGAAAGUAAUUUAUUGAAAGAAAAAUUAUUAAAGAAAUCAUUAAAUUGCAGUUGGUAGUCCUUUAUGGGCAGUGAAUUCUAUGUAAACAUGUGUACACAUGUAUGUAUCAAUCAUCAUUAUAUCACUGAAUGGAUGUACCACAGAGUUAGAAUAGUCCAAGUCCAGAGUUAUAUAUUAUAUUUGAUAUAUGAUGUCUUACAUGCUAUUUGAAAGAAAAUAAACUGUUUCAUUUUCCCAGCUAUGUGUGGUGUUUU